UUUUUUUUUUUUUUUCCUCUUUUAAACUUCCCCUAUUUUCCCUCGAAAAAAGUUAAAAAAUGGCAAAAUACGGAUUGCCCGAUUUCCCAUUAUUUAAAAAUUUGGUUGAAUAUGCAACCAAUAAAAAUAAUAUUGCUAUUGAUGAUGCUCGUAUGUGCCAAAACUUUACUUAUCUUCAUCUUAUUCAUGCCGUAGCUAAACUAAGACUAGAGAUUUUAAAUGGAAAAAGUAAUUUGAAUGAAGAAAGAAUUGCCAUAUUAUGUCCAAGUGGUUUUCCAUAUGUAAUAUCAUUAUUGGCUAUUUGGGCAGCAGGUGGUAUUGCAGUCCCUUUAUGUACAACACAUCCAGCACCAGAACAAAUGUAUACACUACAAGAUUCCCAAGUAUCCUUCAUCUUGGGUCAUCCUUUGUUUACCGAUCGUCUUGAAGAACUUACUAAAGCAACACAAAUACCAUACAAGUUAAAAGAUGAUGCUAGCUUGAUUGAAUUAACAGACGGUCUACAGGAAGAUGACAAUACCACUCUCACUUUAUUCUCGAACCAAAACUUUAAUGCAGGCGCAUUAAUUAUUUACACUAGUGGUACAACGGGUAAACCUAAGGGUGCAGCCACAACUCAUGCUAUCAUCAACGCUCAAGCCUCCGUCCUUGUCAAGGCCUGGCACUGGUCCUCCAGCGACCGUAUUCAUCAUAUCUUACCAUUACAUCAUAUCCAUGGUAUCGUGAAUGCCCUUAUUUGUCCACUUUAUUGUGGCGCAACAGUGGAGAUGCAUCCAAAAUUUGAUGCCAUGCAGGUUUGGACGCGUUGGGCGCAACAGCAAGAGGAGCAACAGACUGGAUCGAUGCCGAUGGCGACAGGGGGGUUGAUGGUGGUGGUGCCUCGAUUGACUGUUUUCAUGUCUGUCCCCACUGUCUAUGCUAAACUGUAUCAUUUUUAUAAAGAACAAAGUCCCGAGACACAACGUAUCUUGACGAAUGCGUGUCGACAGUUCAGAUUGAUGGUGUCUGGUUCUGCUUCUUUACCUACCACUUUACGUAAUAAUUGGAGAAAAUUAAGUGGAGGCCAAGUGUUAUUAGAGCGUUAUGGCAUGACAGAAAUUGGUAUGGCUUUAAGUCAAGAAUAUAUAAUUUCAGAAAGAGUUCAAGGUACUGUUGGUAUUCCUUUACCUGGUGUACAAGCACGUAUUAUUUCAGUAGAAACAAACAAAGAUGUAACAGAGUUAAGAGAGGUACCUGGUAUGCUUCAAAUUAAAGGGGAUACUGUCUUUAAAGAAUAUUGGAAUCGACCUGAAGCUACUAAAAAGGAAUUUACAACGGAUGGAUGGUUUAUUACAGGCGAUAUAGCUAAACGAGUUGGCCAUUCAGGAUAUUUCCAAAUUAUGGGUAGAAAUAGUAUAGAUAUUAUCAAGACUGGAGGUGAAAAAGUAUCUGCACUCGAGAUUGAAAGGGAAUUAUUAUCUUGUGAUUUAAAUAUUAAGGAUGUAGCUGUUGUAGGUAUUCCUGAUCCUGAAUGGGGCCAGAAGGUAGCCGCAGUUGUAGUUAUGGAGGAUGGCAAGGAACUUGACUUGUUAACAAUGAGAAAUGCAAUGAAGAAGCGUGUAGCUGUUUAUAAAGUGCCUAGUUUAUUGAAGAUAGUUACUGAAUUACCUAAAAACGCAAUGGGAAAAGUAACAAAGAAGAAUCUUAUUAGCUUAUUUUAAUAAAAUCAAGUUUAUUAUAGACUAUAAUAUUUCCCCUCUCCUCCCCUUCUACAACGUGGAAAUAUAUGAUCACCGCUAAUUUUUUGGCAAAAAAAUAAAAUACGAGAAUUUUUUUUUUUU